CUCUGAUUAUGCCUCAACUACAACUCGGUACGGUCAUGUUAACGGUGACAUUAAUAUACUACCAAGCCCGCGGUGUUAGUAUCUUCCACGUACAAGUAACCAAACCGCGCCUUACACGCCCAAAACCAUCAAUACCCUCGUCAAGAACCUCAAGAAGCCACCCUUUCGAAGUUUGCAUCCCCCUCACCUUGACUAAUCACCCUAGUCUUACCCCAGAUUCGCCAAUCUUGUUCCAGCACCUCUCCCGCGUGCAGCCUAUCACCUCCCUGUUUGACCAAGACCAGAACGAGAUGAAUGACAAAGUCCCACGUAGCCAACAUGGCAAAGGAGUCUCACAUUCAAAUCAAAUCUCAUAGUCUGGACCGGAACACGGACCGGACGUGUGUUGUUGUGUAGGACCAAGGCGAAAGUGGGGACGGACCGGUAUCUCCGUGAUCCACGGGGACCAGGAACCGCGAACCGCCUGUCUAGG